AUGGAAACGUGGUUCAUCGCACUACUCUCUCUCUGCAUCAUCUUCCUCAUCAGAGCCACCGUCUCCACCCUCACCACCGCCAAAACCGCCUCUCUCCCUCCCGGUCCUCUCCACAUCCCCAUCCUCACACCCAUCCUAUGGCUCCGAAAAUCCUUCUCCCAACUCGAACCUUUUCUCAAAACCCUCCACGCCAAACAUGGUCCUAUCAUCACUCUCAGAAUCGGUUCUCGACCUUCCGUUUUCAUCGCCGAUCGUUCUCUCGCUCACCAGGCUCUCGUUCAUAACUCAUCAAUCUUCUCAGACCGUCCUAAAGCACUUCCCACCGGAAAACUCAUGUCCAGCAACCAACAUAAUAUUAGUUCUGCUUCUUACGGUGCCACGUGGAGGACCCUCCGUCGUAAUCUCGCCUCCGAGAUGCUUCAUCCGUCGAAAAUCAAAUCUUUCUCGGAAAUCCGGAACUGGGUCCUGGACACUCUCAUCAACCGUCUCAAAACCGCGUCGGAGUCGGGAUCCUUUACCGUUGUUCCUCACUUUCAUUACGCCAUGUUCUGUUUACUGGUUUUUAUGUGUUUUGGUGAAAGAGUUAACGAUGAGAAAGUUAAUGAAAUUGAACGCGUGCAAAGGACGCCUCUGUUGAGUAUGAAUAGAUUCAAUAUAUUGAAUUUCUGGCCUCAGGUUACUAAGAUUUUGCUGCGGAAACGAUGGGAGGAGUUGUUGAAGUUGCGUAAGAAUCAACAAGAUGUUCUGCUUCCGCUGAUAAGAGCGAGGAAGCAAAAUAAGGGAAUUAAGAAUGUUGUUUCUUAUGCAGAUACUCUUCUGGAAUUGGAGUUAAAGGAGGAGAAACGAAAGUUGAAUGAUGAUGAAAUUGUUAGUCUUUGUUCUGAGUUUUUGAAUGGUGGCACGGACACAACUGCGACGGCUUUGCAGUGGAUCAUGGCGAAUUUGGUGAAGUAUCCGGACGUGCAGAGAAAGCUCGUGGAGGAGAUUAGGGAGGUGAUUAGUGGUGAUGAUAAUAGAGUGAAGAAGGAAGUGAAAGAGGAAGAUUUGCAGAAACUUCCUUAUCUGAAAUGUGUGGUUUUGGAAGGAUUGAGGCGGCAUCCACCGGGGCAUUUUGUGUUGCCCCACGCGGUGACAGAGGAUGUGGUUUUGAAUGGUUAUUUGGUGCCUAAAGAUGGGACUGUGAAUUUUAUGGUGGCGGAGAUGGGUUGGGAUCCUCUCGUUUGGGAGGAUCCAAUGGAGUUUAAGCCGGAGAGGUUUUUGAAGGAUGACACGUUUGAUAUUACGGGAAGUAAAGAGAUAAAGAUGAUGCCUUUUGGAGCUGGGAGGAGGAUUUGUCCAGGAUAUCAUUUAGCUUUGCUUCAUUUGGAAUAUUUUGUGGCUAAUCUGGUUUGGAAUUUUGAAUGGAAGGUUCCAAAGGGUGGAGAUGUGGAUUUGUCAGAAAAACAGGAGUUUACUAUGGUCAUGAAAAAUCCAUUGCAGGUUCAUAUUUCCCCUAGGAUCUAG